CUCCUUCCUCCGGGAUAACGGUCUUUUCCUCAGAAGAAACAACAACGGGACACCCGAAGCGGCGGCUGGAUAAAGUGGAGUGCGACCAGGGGGGAGAUGCGGCUCCCGGGCAGUUGAACAGCUUUCGGAACGCAUUGACCAUAAAAGGAAGGUGUAACUCGGGCCUUUGCCUAGAUUGGGAACAAUUAACCUGUCUUAGAAGCAAUUGAAUAAUUUCAAAACAUUCUGCAGAUGCAGAUUAUAUAACCAACACAAUGAUUGCAACAAAACUAAAACAAAAAACAAUUGACAAGUCACCUCUGGGAACAAGGAAGAAAGGAGGAAAGCAAAACAGAUAUGAAGCUAACCCAAUGGUUUUAAUGCCUGCAACUCCCAAAGAAACCAUUACACAAUAUUCUCUGGGUCUUACCACAGGAAACAAAGAUAGAAUGUUUGAUGAAAUGGAUAUGCUUAGGAAUAUUACAACAAAUCUAAAUGAGAUUGUACAUACAAUGGAAGGUGUCUAUAGAAAGGAAAGUCAAGAUAAAGAAAGAAAAGAGGAGGAGGAGGAGGAAGAGGAAGAAGAAGAAAUGCCUGAAGAUUAUGAAGAUAUGACUUCUUUCCUGAUAUGUUGUUCACAACUUAGGACACAAUUGGAAAAUGCAGUUCGUGAAGAAAAGCAAAUAUUAGAGUCAUUGCUUAAGUGGUUUGAAAGGGAAGUCCAUGAGAUGGAAGAGUUAGGUGAGGAAGAAAUUAUCCCAGACUGGCAAGUUCCUCUAGCAGAUAAAAGCAUAACAAAUAAUAUCAAUCAGUUACUGAAUCGCAUUCAAAGACUUGAAGAACUAAAAGGCCGUGUUCAAGAACUACCCAAACUUAUCCAGUUUUCUAUACCUAAACAG